CGACCGCCUUUUUUUGCAUAUGCCACAACCGAGUUUCAUCGCUGAGCUUCUCAUUACCAAGCGUUUCGUUCGGUCCCCAAAAUGAACCGGUUUCAUCUACUGAAGCACAUUGUUGCCGUUUCGCUACUCGUCUUCGUCUUGGAAACAUCAAUCGUGGCAGGACGCCUAUCUUACGGCGAGUGUACCGGAAAUAGACUGGAUAACGCUUUAACGACAUCUGCCGGUAGAUGCGUCGCAUUGGGCGGAACGUGUUGCGAUAUCGGCGGCUACAUGAUUAACGACCCGAGGACAAUGAAAACAACCGACCAAUGUCUCACUUGCUACAAUCCGAGUGUUAAGGUCAAAUGCACUGGAAAGUUGAUUCGAGUUAGACCUGCCGUUUGGGGUGUGGACGCUAAUUCGUGGGUCACAGCGGCUAAAUGCAUUAGCCUUAACGGCCAAUGCUGCGACAACGGCAGAACACGUUUCUGUCCUAAAUCUUCUCCUAAAGAAUUUUUCUGCAACGAUUGCUACGCCGGAAUCAACACGAGCGCUGGAUGCAGCGGUAGAUUAUUGGCUUCCAGCUAUUUCACGCCGAGCGUCUGCAUCAAAUUCGGAGGUCGUUGUUGUGAUGGAAACUUCCGUGGUAAUAGAACGGGCUCAGCUUUCGCGCCAACAAGAAUUUUCAAUUCAGCAGUGGGGAAGGAAUGCAAUAUGUGUUACAAUGGCCGACCAAACGUCAUCAAUUAAAAAAAAAAGCCUUUCCCAAUGAAACGAAUAAUUUCGAAAAAUAUACUAAUCGUUAAGCAUUCAAA